CGAGCAGCAUCAGAGAAAGAGGCCUGGGAGAUCCUGGAAAGUGUCAGUAGUCUGAUUGGAAAUGGUGGCGAAUGUCAGCAAAUUCACUUUAUCUGCACCAAGUCUGAUCUUCUUGAUGAUUCAGAUGAUCUUUCAUCAGCUGAUAUCCAUGAUCGAAUAGUUAAAAGAAACAUUCAAGCCAAGAGUGAAGUAAAGAAGGCAUUCAACAAGCGAACCAAGAUUAAGAAACACUUCACUGAUGACAGUUUCAAAGUGUUCACAGUGAGCUCCAGAGAGUUCUUAAAAGGGAAGCAUCUAAAUCCAGAAGAAACUGAAAUAACCAAACUUCAGAGAUUUUUGCAAGAACUCAAUGACUGUCACUCAGAGACAGUAAACUAUGUGAAUGGAGCUUAUGGGAUUCUGUCUUUGAUUCAAGGAGCCAACUCCAGAGGAGUGGAUAGUAAAAAAAGCGAGGUGUUUGGAGAACUUGAGAGAAUCAUGAACUUCCAACUUGAAAAUGUCCGAAAAGAAAUGGAAGAGACCAUUAUGGCUUUUGAAAAAUGUCUUAAUGAUGGCGUUGAGAAAUCCAAAGGUUCAUAUGGAGAAAAACUCAAGAACUUCUUGUAUCGUGGAAAGAAGGGUGGUGCUUUUCACAGGGUACUGAAGUGUGUCGUUGAGAAUGGUGGCAUCCACAAACCAAAGAACGGGAAACUAAUUAACCUUAAUAUGAAGUUGGCUUCAUGUCUGACUGACAGCAUUGAUGAAGAAUUCAGAAAGACCUUCCCAAAUGACUCAGAACGUGGAGCAUUCAACGGAGUCAUCGAUGAAUUUUCUCUUAACACUAAUUCUCUGAUUGAAAAGUACAAAAGUGCUGAACUGCAGCUCAGAUUUCUCAAGACAGAGGAAGAAAAAAUUAAGGCAAAACUGAACAGAAUGAUGCGGGAACAGAAGAAAAGAGUCUACAGCAGUCUGACAGAGACAAUUGAAGACAUUAUGGAAGAAGGCUACUGCAAGGCUGCAGAAUUUGAAGGAGAAGGCACGCUGUACAACAUGAGAGAGACUAUUACGGACCACGUGCACUCAAAUAAGGACAUGUUUGAGCAGGCAAAAAAUACCAUGUUGGAGAAGUUGCACCGUUUGAAGGUAAACAUCCUGGAGAUUCUGGAGAAAAUUAUGAAGGAAUCCAUUGAACGUUCAUUUAAAACUGAUGGGAGCUCACUCCCAGAUGUUUCAACAGAGCUUGAGAUGGUGAAAAAAUAUUAUGAUCAACUUGCAGCCACUCCCGACGAUGGAACAUCACUUGGCAGGCAAGCAGGAGUGGUGGACCCAAAAUGCAGGACUCAGACUCAAGGGAUGAACUCAAAAGCUUUUAUCUCAGCUUUAUUUCCUGGCACAGGAAAACAAGCUUACAAAGGAAACUAAACUGAACUGGGAAAAAACAUAAACUCACAGGAAACACAAGGAGAUCGACACAGCACAAGGGUGAACUGACAUUAACAAUGCGACAACAAGAACUAACUGACAGGGACUAAAAUACACUGGCAGGCAAAUGAGGAAACGAGGAACAGGUGGGAACACAGCCGGGAGAAAUUAGACUAAACGAGACAAAGGAAGCGAAACUAGAAACACUGAGAUAAGAUAUGAACCUUCAAAGUAAAACAGGAAAUCCACAGACAACACAGAUAACUCUGACCAAGAACAGGAGGAACACAGUACAGGGGUCAGAGUGACAUCAGGGGCAAAGGAAUACACAAGCUAAGAAAUAUAGAACAGAAACCAAAACACCAGUAGUCAUAAGCCAAGAAUCCAAAGGAAAACAGACCAAUAAACAAUAAUAUAGAAUCAAAACACUGGGCCACAGGCCCAGAACCGUGACAGUUUUGGAUGUUUCAGAUUUGCUGACUGGGUAGAAACUGCAGAAACCUGGACACAAACAGGUUCUCCCAGAGGAAGUGCUGAUUAAAUAAAAAAACCAUCUUUGAUUGAUUUUGUCUCAAUCAUUUUCAGUUGUUUUUGUUUGGUCUAUUUAAAAGUUGUUUGGUGACAUUUGACUUUGAUUUUGAGAAUGUCUGUAUCUUUAAUGAUUCAAAUCUUGAGGCUGACAGAGCAGUUUGAGGAAAAACUGAAAGAGAUUUACAUUACAUCACUCUACAUAUAUUUCAAAUCUAUUUUAAUGUUUUUAUUCAUGAGUUUAGUUAUGGCUCAUUCAGAUGCUAAUGACAUUUAUAUAACACAUUUCAGUACAUAUAAAAUCAGUCUACUUAACAUAGAAGAUAAAAACAUGGCAACACUUUAUAAUACAGCCCAUACCUAACGCGUAGUUCCCCAGUAAUUAAAUGGAAUAUCAAUGUAUUUUAUCUAAAAUUACAAUUAAAACUGUGAUUGUAUUUACCUACAAAUAUUUCUAAAAUGUUUAGUACUAUAAUCUAAUGAAUCCUAAAAUUGAUCUUGUAAACUUUGAGACAGGAUUGGUCAGUUAGGGUAAGUAGCUCCAUCUCCGUCCUGUAGCUACAUGACUAGUUUUAUCCCUCUACAUUGUGUCCAUCUUUUCCCUCAAUUUCAGGAGUUCUUUUCACUGUGGAAUUAAUUGUCUGAUUAUGAGAUUAAAAGUAGUUUUUCAUCUCAACUUUUCACACUCAAAUAUGUGUUUUUGACAGGUUUUCAUACAUUAGAGCCACAGCAGAGGGUGUUUUUCUU